CCUCCUUCCUGUUUUCGUCUUAACGGUUCUUCCUCUUUGAUCAAAGCUUCAGCGUGGUCACAUUGUCUGUUUUGAGCGUGAUCCACGUUUCGUGUCGUAAGACUUAAAGAAUGCGUUACGUGGCCGCUUAUCUUUUGGCUGCCUUAGGAGGCAAAGCUUCACCUAACCAAAAUGAUAUUGAAAAGAUUUUAUCAUCUGUCGGAAUUGAAUUCGACCCUGAGAAACUGAAGAUUGUUAUCUCAGAAUUGAAUGGAAAGUCAAUUGAUGAACUAAUAGCACGAGGACGUGAGAAAUUGUCAUCUAUGCCAGUUGGAGGCAGUGCAGUUGCUAGCACUGCUGCACCUGCUGCUGGAGCAGCUGCUGCUCCAGUUGAAGAAAAGAAGGAGGAAAAGAAGCCAGCAAAGGAAGAAUCUGAGUCAGACGAUGAUGACAUGGGCUUUGGUCUUUUCGAUUAAAUUCCAUAACAGCGACAGCUGUAUAAUGACUAUUUGUACAACAUGUAUAUUAUACAGUUUUGAUAGAAUCACUAAAAAAUAAACUGUAUUUUUAAUUCUA